AGGAAAGACUGCAGAGCUACAGGGAGGACAUUUAACCCGCACUUCUGUCAACACACACCCUGACAAUGUUUCUUGUUUGUGGAUGAGGUGGUUAGAGAGGAAGAAAAUCAGCCUUGCAAGCAGUUUUCCCUCAAAGCACUUUUUAGCGACAGGAACAACGGUUUUAUGGGAAGCCGCACAUGUCUGAGAGAACUUCGAGGCAAAGAAAAAAAAUGAGGCUUCUCACCAGUAUGAGUUACUACCAUGCUCACCAGACGUGUAAAUACUCUUCUAAGGUUGUCAGAAGCUGAAGACAGGUAGUCUUUCAAAGUGCAAGUGACCCCUCCAAGCUGCCACCAUGGCCCUGGUUCAGGCUCUGCCCAUAUCUGCUGAGCCCCACACCCCCAGCCACAUUGGAGGAGCUCGCCGACGACACCAAUCAGGCCCUUCACCUCCCAUCAACCUGCCACCCCCCACUCUGGAUCCAAUGGGUUCCGUCAGCAGCCUUGUCACCACACGUCCCAAUCCCUACCAGGAUCACCGCUCUGUUGUAGAGCUGGGGGGCAGAGUUCGACGACCCACGCCAGGGUCUUCCUGCUUAGGCUGUGAGUCACCCAGGGACCCACUACUGCAGAAUAUCCCACCUCCAAAGAAACAGAGCUCCACAUCCAGCAGAGGGCUGGAGAAGGAGAGUGGGAACGGGAACUAUACUUAUAUAAAUGAGGACUAUGUGGGGGACUGCAACGAUAACCACGUUAGACCUCCGAGCCUGGAAAGUGAGCUGGAAGAGGCUAAAGAAGGGCUGGGGAUAAAUGGGAAUGUGGGGGGACCUCCUCCAAGACUGAUCCCAGUGUCAGGAAAACUGGAAAAAAACAUGGAGAAAACGGUGUUGCGGCCCACUGCCUUCAAACCUGUCAUUCCUAAGAGCCGCUCUGCCAUGCAGUAUCUCACCCCUCGCCACGGUGCCAAUGUCCCUGAAAGCCAAAACAACCUGAACUUGCCCAGCCCUGCCCACAGGGAGGUGUCCCCGUCCUGCUCUGAGAAACGCAGCUCGUACAGCGGAGGGCGUAACGCCAGCAGUGGCAGCAGCCAGUCUUGCUCGUUGUCCGACUCGGGCCGGAACUCCCUUUGUAGCUUGCCAACUUACAACGGCGCCACCUACAGUCUUGCUUCAGCUGAGGUCCCUGCAGGUCACCUGGAGCCCAUAAAAAGCGUCCCGUCGAUUGGCGCACAUGGACACUCCAACUCAGACAGCGGCCGCUCGUCUUCUAGUAAGAGCUCUGGCUCCAUAAGUGGCAGGGGGCAGCCCCUAUCUGACAGCGGGUCCGGCGGGCGCUCUCCAGGCCCCGUGGAGUGUUAUGAAGGUGUAGUGAGGGACCUGGAGGACAAACUGAGGGAGAGGGAGCUGGAGCUGCAGCAACUCAAAGACAACCUGGACGACAAUGAAGCAGCAAUUUGCCAGGUUUAUGAGGAGAAGCAGAAACGCUUUGAGUUGGAGCUGGAGGAGCUGAGGCAGAGCUGCGCCACCAGGAUGCAGGUGGCGUCUCAGAAGGCCCAGCGCGCUCAACAGGUGCUGCAGCUGCAGGUUUAUCAGCUCCAGCAGGAAAAGAAGAAGCUGCAGGAGGACUUUGGUCAGCUUUUGAAGGAGAGGGAGCAGCUAGAGGAGCGUUGCACCUCCUAUGAGCACGAGAAGAUCCAGCUGGGGCCUCGACUGGAGGAAACCAAGUGGGAGGUAUGUCAGAAGUCAGGGGAGAUCUCCCUGCUGAAGCAGCAGCUAAAGGAGGUGCAGAGUGAGUUGGCUCAGCGUGUAGGAGAAAUAGUCUCCCUGCGGGGUCAGCUUAGAGAGACUCGUGGCGAGCUCACCAACACUCAGGUGCUGCUCCAGGAGGCCCACGGCACGACCCGCACACGGACCAUGGAGCUGGAAGUGUGCGAGAACGAGCUUCAGCGACGAAAGAGCGAGGCUGAACUGCUCAGGGAAAAGGUGGGACGCCUGGAUGGAGAGCUGGCUCAUCUCAGAGACACCUUAGCCAAUCAGGGGGCAGGAAACAGGCAAUGUCAGGUGUUCCAGGAAGCCGAGGAGCAUCUGCUCGCCUAUGAAAGUGACGAGGCAAAGGCCCAGCGGCAGAGCAGCGCUGAAACUCUGCAGAGCAUGAUGGUGCAGAUGGAAGGGUUAAAAUCUGAGUUGGCCUUUGAACGCAAAAGGGUCGAACAACAAGCAGGAGGUUUUGAGGAGGAGCGGCGGAUAUGGCAGGAGGAGAAAGACAAAGUGAUCCGCUACCAGAAACAGCUGCAGGAGAACUAUGUGCAGAUGUAUCGCAGGAACAAGGAGCUGGAGCAGCUUCUCCAGGAACUCACUCUGGAACUGGAGAGCAGAGAGGACGACGAAGGCAGUGGCAAUGAGAUCAAUUUUGACGAGAUUGCUGCAACAGAAAUCUGAUACUCAGAUGUCCUUUUUUUUUUAUUUGCACUACAUUUAACUUGCCCCCUCCGCCAGAAGUGAUAUCUUCUUUAUGUGACCAACAACCAGAAAAGUGUCACCAGAUUUUAGCUUUGACUCUUGUUGCACUUGCAAGUUGUUCACCUUUAAGUGUCAUUAACCACAUCAGCUCUCUGCUCCUCCAUUAGUGGCUGCAAUUGCACUGAUAAGACGUCCGACUCCUGGUGAUUUUUCACACCUUUAGGAGUUUGUGUGUGAGUAACUUUAGUCAACCUUCACCACCAUCCUCCUCCUGUCCUGGUUCAGGGUACAGUAUGCCUGCUGGGUUUGUUGUUGCACUCCCACUCUCUCCACAGUUUCACUGGUACAGGAAAUGUGUCAACCACACAUUCAUUGUGUCAUGGGAAGAGUUAGUCGAUCCCAGUUAGGUGUUAAUGUCAUGGAUAAACUCUGGAUGGUGGUGGCAGAGUUAGGAUCUUAUUUGAACUCAGCAGAACAGAAAUAGGUUUUUUUUUAAUAUAGACUACUUCAUGGACGGCCAUGAAUCCACAACGUUUUGCUUUUUGUAGAGAACUAAAUGCACCGCAGUGAAAAUUUUACAUUUUUAAAUACAUACAACUAAUUUUGUCCCUCGUCCAAAUGAAUAUUUAUAUUGGGAAAGUGAUGGUUAGGAUUUUUUCAAAUGGGGUUCUGUAAAGCAGUUAUGAGCAGUCAGUACCUUAGCUUUGUUUUGUAUAAAAACAGGUUAUUUUUCUGAGAGUGACCAAGAUCUAACCCAAUUUCUAGCAGCGUAAAACACCGCAACUUCAAAAAAAUUUAAACGUAUUUUCACAAAAAUGCCAUUGUGGAAACCAGUCUGUACCAAUUACCAUGUGAAAGGUUCAGUCUAAUUAGUUUAUUUAGCACCUAGUCACUAUGUCACAUAAGGACACUAAAUACAAUAUGGUCUAGAUUUCAUUAAAAUCAAACCCAUUCAAUCCAUGUAGUCUAGUUCAGUUUAAAUUGUCUUACAGUUUAACAAAUUAAAUUUAUUUAUUGUCAAUUAGUAAAGUAAGCCUAGCUAAUUGCAUCACUGACUUUGCAGCAAUCCCUCAUACUGAGCAAGCCUGUGGCAACAGUGGAGAGCACCAGCUGUUAACCCCCAGCCAGUUGUGGCAGCUUAUAUCGAGGCAUGUUCUACCACAGUUGUUUUUCCUGUUGAGAGAAGAAAAGAGAUGGCUAAACUGAGCCACUUACUAUUAGAAAGAAACAGAGUACACAAACAUGUACGGCAAAACUAAACAUAAAUAUCAGACUAGAGUAGCUCCCCAGCACAAAAAUAUAGUGAUUUUCUUUUUUAACACUGAAUUAGUUUUCAAAUAGGUCUUUGCUCUGGUAGAAAGCGUAUUCAUAUUUUUGAUAACGGAGGUCGCACUCAGCCUAAAGUUUAAAUGGCAAAAAAUUAUUUUAGAACGCAAACAUGAAAGCACUUUAGACGUCUAUAAAAAAUGUUUACUAAAACUAUCAUUUUUGUCACUGGAGGUGCUAGGAGGCCUAAACCCUGUUUUGCUCAGGGGGCUUUUUUUUUUUUUUUUUACGUAGAUCCCACGAGAAUGUCUUACAGGUAAGAUAUGAACUGCUUAUAACUUUUCAACACAACCCCACUUAAAAAAUCUGAACUAUGCCUGUAACUGAGGUUCUGAAUUAUAUUAAGAAGUAAGCUCUCAAGUAAUUUUGACACCUUCCGUUAAAGGCACACCAGCUUUUCUCUUCCACUCUUCACUCACCAACUUAAAAACAAUCUCAUCCAUGGAAAGAAGGUGAACUUUAUUGGUUACCACUGGGUGAUAGGCGAAUAUUCUUUUAGGUUAUUCACAACAAUAAUUUCAACUUUGAAUUACACCGUUACAAAUAAACCCAAUGUUUUUUGGCCAGGCUACAAGUUUCAAUUCAUGUUCACGAUUAAUAGGGAGAGUUGUCGUUGUGGCCUCAAGGGAUGCAGUUGUCAAUCUGAGCCUUGUUUUGAUUUUUCAAACCGCUGAUGAAUCUGAGAGUGAAAAUGCUUCCUGAUAAGAACAUUUGCAGAUGCCAGUUAAAGUAAUGAGUCAGACAGAAAUUAAAGGGAGAGCUGAUGUUGCAAAGUGUUCACUUUUCCAUAUUUUGUCUUGUUAUAACGACAAACUGUGCACUAUUGGGAUUUUGUGUGAUUAAUGAACACAAAGUAGAAGAAAAAGGAUACAUGGUUUUCAAAAUGUGGAAUGUAUGGGUUUCAUUUGUAUUCGGCACCCUGUAUUGCUAUAUAGAACCACCAUUCCCUAUAAUUACAGCUGCAAGUGCUUUGGGAUGUGUCUCUACCAGCUUUGCACAUAUACUUUAACUUUUGCCCAUUCUUCUUUGUAAAGUAGCUCGAGCUCAGUCAUAGUAGAUGAGAGCGUCUUCAAAUAUCCAUUUUCAAGUCUUGCGAGAGAUUCACAAUUAGUUUUAGGUCUGGACUUUAGCUCUGACAGAAGAAAAGAGACAGCAGCAUGUAUGUUUAGGACCGUUGACCUGCUGGAAGGUGAACGUCCGUCCCAGUUUUAAAUCUUUUCAAGCCUUUAACGGGUUUUAUUCCAGGGUUGCCAUGUAUUAACUCCACCCAGCUUCCCAUCAAGUCUGUCCAGCUUUCCUCUUUCUCCUGAAGAAAAGCAUCCCCAUAACAUGAUACUGCCAUCACCAUGUUUCACUAGUGGGAAUGUUUCUUUUCUACCACAAAUGGCAUAAAAUACCCCAUUAAGAAAAGAUUUUGGAAAUGUUCCUUUUUUCCACUUGGCUAUAACGGCUAGAUGUGUGAAGUGCAUAGACAUGUACUUUCAAAUAAGCAGUCAAUUUCUGCAGCUCCUCCAAUGUUACCAUGCACCUCUUCUCUGUCUGAUUAAUUCUUUCCUUGCCAGGGUCAUUUCUGGUGGUCACGUCUUGAUAAGUUUGCAGUUGUGCCAUACUCAAAUUGAGCAGAGCUCCGUGAGAUGCUCAAAGUUGGGAUCUUGUUUUAGAAUAUAAACCUGUUUUAAACUUCCACUUUCUCCCAUGUUCCCUGAUCUUCGCAAUGCUGUUUGUUCACUAAUAUUCUCUAACAAACCUCUAAGGCCUUCACAGAACAGCUGGAUUUAUUACACAGGUGGAGUUUGUUCAUCAACUAAGGUGACAUUUGAAGGCAACUGAUUGCACGGGAUUUUAUUUAGGGGUAGAUGGUCUGAAAAUAAUAAAAGAAACAAAAUGUGUAUAAUUUCCUUGCCAUUAAACAAUUAUGCACAACCUUGUGUUGGUCUAUCACAAGAAAAUCCCAAUAAAACAGGUUAAUGUUUAUGGUUGGAACAUGACAAAAUGUGAACAAGCUUAAAAGGUAUGAAAUCUUUAGCUAAGCACUAAAAAACCUAAGCACAGUUCAGUAAGUCCUCUGCUUGGUGAUGUGAUGGGCUCAUUUUUUUCCAGGAAGAGUAAACAGGAGCUUUUAAUCUUUCAAUUCCUCUUCAAGGAGACUUGUUGCUGUGAGGUGCUAGAUUUGUAUAUGACAUCCCUGGAAAAAAAAGAGUUCUUGCACUGAAGGAUGUUUUUAGACUACUUGUUUCCACUGAUCUUUAACAUGUUAGUUCCAGUAAUUCAGAAACACACGUUUUUAUCAGAUCUACUGCAAAUAAGGUUAAUAUCUCACAUCUUUUUGCUGCCAUAGACAUCUCCCUGUCCCUAUAAAUUAAAACAUAACCACUGUGAAUAGACCAAAGCAAUGUCCAACAUGUAUAUUUUCCUCCUACAGAUAUAAGGCUUGAUUUAAUCGUUUUUGUGAAUUUUUGUUUUGGUUCCUCAGUAUAAAUUUUAUAACCUUCAAUAUUUGUAUGAAUACAUUAAAUGUAUAUUUUCAUGCUGUACAUUUCUUGAACAAAACCAAUGUGGUUUUAAUUAAAAUGAUUUAUAAUUA